CGCCUCAUCCUGUAGGUGGCGGUGUGCACAUAAUACCGCCCAGUUGUGGACUGCCAAUAUAUACACAACGAAGAAGAAGAAGUAGGAGCAGCAAAGAAAGCGAAGAAGAAGAACAACAGCUUCGCUAGCAGCUAGCUUGUCGAGCAGAUUCUGAGAGUUGUCUUUCUUCUUCAUCACACUGCCUCCCAUUCGCCCCCCCAUCACAAGCGCUGCAGGACUGUUGGGGUUUUAGCUCUCUUCCUGACCUGCCAACAUGCCAGCUGCACUAACAGAUUCCAGUCAGAUAAUCUGUGAAGUAUGGGCGAGCAAUGUGGAGGACGAGAUGAGGAAGAUCCGGCAAAUUAUUCAAAGCUACAAUUUUAUUGCCAUGGACACAGAAUUUCCUGGUGUGGUUGUCCGGCCAAUCGGUGAGUUUCGAAGCACAGUAGACUACCAGUACCAGCUGCUGAGGUGUAACGUCGACCUCCUGAAGAUCAUCCAGCUCGGCCUCACGUUCAUGAACGAGGAUGGAGACUAUCCUAAUGGCACGACGACGUGGCAGUUCAACUUCAAGUUCAACCUCACAGAAGACAUGUACUCACAGGACUCCAUAGACCUGCUCCAGAACUCCGGCCUCCAGUUUAAAAAACAUGAAGAAGAGGGAAUCGAGACACUCUACUUCGCUGAGCUCCUCAUGACGUCUGGUCUGGUGCUGUGUGAAAACGUCAAGUGGCUUUCCUUCCAUAGCGGCUACGACUUCGGCUACCUGGUGAAGCUCCUGACAGACGCACGGCUCCCGGAGGAGGAACACGACUUCUUUCUGAUCCUCAACCUCUUCUUCCCCGCAAUCUACGACGUCAAAUACUUGAUGAAGAGCUGCAAGAACCUAAAGGGAGGGCUUCAGGAAGUAGCAGACCAGCUGGAGCUGAAGAGGAUCGGGCGGCAGCAUCAGGCUGGAUCAGACUCACUUCUCACCGGCAUGGCUUUCUUCAGGAUGAAAGAGCUUUUCUUUGAAGACAACAUUGAUGAUGCAAAGUAUUGUGGGAGAUUGUACGGCCUGGGCUCGGGCUCCACCCAACCCCAGAACGGCAUCUCCAGCUCGGGCCAGGAGGAGACGAACAACAAGCACUGACUGAACGCUCAAAAUCUUCAAGUGGAAUACACACUUGUUUUAAAACCCAACCAGCAUAUUUCCCCUCUGAUCUCCCUCAACAUUCGAUCCCUGAACGAGACUAAAUGAAAUAUUUCUUUAAAUUUUUCUCCUGAGUGACUGUAAAAUGGACUCACAGUGACAUCGGAUCCUUCACUGGCUCAGUCGUUUCUUUUUAAUCGCUUUUACUGAGUAUAUGGCCAUAUAUUCAGAACACUUUUUUCCAUUUUUUUUAUUUUACAGCAUUAUAGUAACACCCUUCUUUAACAGCAUGGGACCAGCUCCUGUAUCAUACUGUGAUUUCAGACCAAACUUUGCCAAAACCAGUCCGAUUCUUCAGUUCAGACUAUCCUUCUCAUCAGCAGGACUCGUCUCUUGUUGCAGGGAUUUCAUUUUUUUAAGUUAAUGUUGGAAGGGCCUGUAAAUUAAAAUGUAUAAUUUUGAUGAAAAUAAAAAUGUUCUAGCUCUUUUCCACUUUCAGAAACUUUUAACAGCGGGCGUAAAAGUGUAUAACUGUGCUUGGUUAUGCAUGUUUCAAUGGGCAAACUACUGUCGUUCUGUACAUUCACCCACCAAACCAAACUGUUCACAGUCAGGUUUACAGAUGUUGUGGUUACUGUUGUUUUUACAUUCUACAUUGUUUUAAACAGUUGUAUAUUAAAUUGUUUUGUAUUUUAAAUGCAAA